UCUCUUGAGAGAACAAUGUUAUUCCUAUCAAUUUUUGAAUUUAUUGUUUCAUUUUCUCUUUUAAAUACACAACAAAUACAAAUUCAUAAUGUACUUGUGCUCUGAAUCUACAAAUACAAAAUCUCCACACAUAAACCUAAAAACUUAAAACUGAUUAAAACUUUAAGCUUAGCUCUGUUCAAAGAGAGUGAACGAUGAUUGAAGGGAGCAAGUUAAAAUGGGAGCAUCGCUCCAAACCCAAAGCCUCUCUCCUUGGUUGCCAUGUUUUUACUGAAUCAAUGAUUCAAAAUGCUCUGUCUCUGCUCUGCAAAUGGUGGGAUCACACCUUUUCUCUUGCAGGUUUCGCUCACCUGGCUCUGUCCCCACCCUGCUUCCACUCCCUCCAUCCAUUAAUGCCUUCCCCUUUACCCCAAUUCUCACUUGCCUUUACCAAUCAGUUGGAGUUUUGAAGAAGUGGGUCAUUCCGUUGUAACAAGAAUAAUAAUAACCCAUCAAGCUUUGUUCUUCCCAACCCCUCUCACCUAGCCAAGGACACAUCCUACUUUGAAGAUUCAACACCUUUGAAGGAACCCCAUUUCUAAUUUUCCAUAUAAUAACACACCUUCCUCCUCGACAACCCCUGUUGUGUUCCUCAGACCUCCCUCUCAGUUUCAGUACCCUUCUCCACCCUUUACUUAAUUCCUUCUUUGUUUUCCUAACUAACUUAUAUCUUAACAAUCUGAUUACACUUUGGAGUUUGUUAAUUAGACCUUUUUGAUUUGCCUUCCACCGAUUCCAACUUUCGAUCCCAAGUUAUCCUUGGAAUUGAUUCCUCUGCUUUCUUUCUUUCUUUCUUUCUUUCUUUCUUUCUUUCUUUCUUUCAAUGACUACGCUUUUUCGUUUAACACGCACACUGCUCCACCGCUUGUUGAGCUUAAGAUCUAGAGGAAGAAAAAGAAGAAAGAAACGAGUUCUUUUUCUCUUCAUGCUUUCGUUUUGGGAUUCUGGGUUUUGAAGACAUUAAUGUAUUAACCUGAAGAUGGGAUCUGGGGCUGGAAGUUUCUUUAAAGUUGUUCUUAAAAACUUCGACGUUCUUGCUGGGCCCCUUGUCGGUCUGCUCUAUCCCCUAUAUGCGUCGAUCAGAGCCAUCGAGACCAAGUCUCAAGUCGACGAUCAGCAAUGGCUUACUUAUUGGGUUUUCCACUCCAUGAUUACCCUCUUCGAGCUGACCUUCGCCAAGGUUCUUGAAUGGAUCCCAAUAUGGCCCUAUGCGAAGCUGGUUCUGCUGUGUUGGUUGUCAAUGCCCUGCUUCAGUGGAGCUUCGUAUGUGUACGAGCAUUACUUAAGACCUCUGGUGGUGAACCAGCAAAGAGUGAACCCUUGGUAUGUUCCUAAAGGAAAGGACCCUUUGAACCAGCGUGAUGACAUUAUCACUGCUGCAGAGAAGUACAUUCAGCAGCAUGGAAGUGGAGAAGUUCAGUACAUGCUUGACAAUGCCGAAAUGCACAGGAGAAAUAGCAGCAGUUAUUAUGGUUAUGCAGAGGACUAUGAAUACUGAAACUGAUGCCACCAUUCCAUUGGCGAUUUCAUACUACAAUAAGAGUGGGAACUCGAACAAAGCUCAAAGUUUUCUCCAUUUUUGUUCUAGUUUUUGUUUUCUUCUUUUGGGUCUGUGAAAAAACUGGUGUUGUACUGUUUCUGGUCGUUUAGUAAUAUCAAAGCACAUCCAAAUAAGCAUCGA